AUGGGGAGAAGCUGUAUAGUUGAAUGUUUGCUCCUCUGCAUUCUUUCAGUCAGUGAAUGUACCAUUGAAGUCUAUUGUACUGUGGGUCAGAACGUGACUCUGCCUUGCAGACAUGAUGUCAAAUAUAAGGAGCCACAACACUCAUGCUGGGGGAAAGGAACCUUACCAAUCAACGGUUGUAGUGACCAAAUCAUCUCGACUGACGGGACUAAAGUGACAGAUAAAGUUUCCAGCAGAUAUCAGUUAAUCGGUGACCUGAUAACAGGGGAUGUGUCUCUAACCAUCUUCAAUACUUCUGAGAAGGAUUCUGGGAUUUAUGGAUGUCGAGUGCAACACGUAGGAUUGUUCAAUGAUGAGAAAUUUGAAGUCACUUUGACUGUGAACAAAGCACCUGUCCCUCCAACAUCCAGGACACCAGAUAACAUGACCACAAUCUCACAGACCAGGGGCUAUCACACACACGAUUACUUAAAGGAAAAUUCUUCUACAUAUUCAGACACAUUCUCGACACAUUACAUCAAAUUGGAAUCGCAGAUUGGAAUCAAUAACCAAUUUAAGAUCCUGCUGUCCAUUCUACUGGUUCCUAUAGCUGUAUCUGCUUAUGUUUUGAACCACAGAACUCUGGUGACACAGUUGGGUACAGGAUCUCAGAGUCCAGCCCCGUGCAGCAAGCACAAGAAGUGGCGAUAGAGAACAUCUAUCAAACAGAAUGUGAUGACAGAGUUGACUAUGAGGAAUGUCCCUGAAGAUGCGUGAGAACUUUCACCACCCUCAUGCUUUAAGACUAUGCCACUGAUGUCCUAACAACUACCGGGUUGAACUGUGGUCCCAACAACAUUGCCAUCUUAAGAUACACUUAAGACGAACUUAUCUAGUCAUGUUGGUUGAAAUUACUUGAAGGGUGGUGUCAUAACAUGGUCAUAAUUCUGUCAUAACCAUGUCAUAACAUGGUCACGACACUAUAGUCGCUCUGGAUGCGUGUGCCCUUAAAAAGUAGCGCAGUAGCUUCGUACUUGGACUAUCGAUUCAGCCGGACAAACUGCUACAUGAAAUGUAUGUCUGAAUAAAGGCUUAAUAAUAUGUCUGGCUACAUUCAGAAUGAAUUCAACAGAAUGAACUGAACACUUGAUGAUGGGGUUUUUUGUAUGUAAUAGUGUUUUGGUCCAAAUAACCGAAUGUGACAGUUCUAUCACCUCUGUAACCAUGACAUUUAGCCACAC